AUGGCUGAGAGCGACUCAGACUGGCACACACUUAUUUGCUGUAGGAAUUCCAUGGGCGUCCCGCCAAGAGCCCAGCCGCGGGCGCCCUCCGGCUCGGCCCUUCAAGCUCACCAGCGCGGCCUGUCGUCCUCGUACAUGCCGCCCCUUUCGCCCGUUCGCAAGGAUGACCACCACAGCCAACCGACCGACCCGACCGACGCCUCGACAACCUCAUCGCAGGCCAGCACCGCCAGCCGCCAUGGCGCCACCCCGAGACGCACAGCUGGCUCCAAGCUCCGCAUCGAGCUCUCCAACGACGAAGGCCUGACCCCCGGCCCCGCCACCGACUCGCCGCUCGGCACACCCUCGCUUCUCUCCCACAGCGCCGCCCUCGACUCGAGCACAGAUGCCAGCGGCCACGGAAGCCCAGCCCUGUCCCGCGCCUCCCACGCCGACUCGGCUAUCCCCCCGAUGCCCAUGCCCCGCCGCCGAGCGCCUUUGCAGCGCUUCGUCCCCAGCAACAAGACGGCCGCCCCGCCAACGGCACUCCUCAAGCGGGACUCCAAGCCGAAGCAGUACACGAUUGAGGUGCCACCCCCCGCGCCGCGAUACCUCUCAACCAACAAGCCUGACACCCUCCACCGCGACCCCUUCAAUAAGGGUCUCUUCUCCGGAAACGCCGAUUUCUUUCCCUGGAACGGCCGCCACCACGAGGACGAAUGGAGCACCGAGGCAAUACAAAAGGGAACCUGGGACCGCGGCAGCCAAAACGAGACUUCCUCGGCCCGCCUUGCUGUCUACCCGUCUCUUAAGCAGAAGACGGGUCUUAAUGCAUUGUCCACCAUAUUCAUGGGAGUCCUCAACCAACGAAGAAACCGUGGCCAAAUCACUGCCCCGUCCACCUUCAAGCCGCCUCCUCGCGUCACACUCACCGAUACGAAACGUGAGGUGUGGCUCAAGGAUCUGGCGAACCCGACCAUUUCACUACGCCGCCUCAGCCGCACCAUUCCCCAUGGUAUUCGCGGUCGAACUCUCCUCGACCAGUGUCUCAACAAAAACGUGCCCACCGAGCGAGCCAUAUGGCUAGCCAAGUGCGUCGGCGCCAACGAGAUUCGGUCCUUCAAACGCAAGGGCGUCACCAGCGGACUGGCCAUGGGAAACGAGCUCAAGUGGAUUAGGGACUGGACCAUCUUUGUGGAACAGUUUGUCGAUUCUAUUGUCUCUUCGGUUGGCGAGCCUGACUGGAAGCGCAGAGUGACAUACUCCAUCCGCCUCGCUACUGUACUCUACUCUGAACACUUAUUAGACCGGGAUCAUUACCUAGACUGGAUCGUCUCAGGCUUGGAAGGCAGCAACCAAGCCAAGCUACCCAUGUGGAUCUUGAUUGCGCAAAUCUGUUGGACAGACAUACUUCGGUCUAGGAAGCCGGGUCGUCGCCUCGUAUUUGCUCUACUAAACCACUUGAAUACUAUAUAUAAUGAUCCCGAUCGAGACAUUUUGAUGCCCCUCUCGAAUCAACUCGUGUCGCUCCUCAAGACACUCGUCGCAAAAAACCCAGAGAGCUUUAUCCAACCACUUCAGUGGUUCAAAUACCGCGAAUGUCUUUCGGCCUUUCUCCCAACGGAUGCGCGAGCAUUACAGCAAGCAUACCGUUCUAUCAACCAAAGAAAUUCGGAACUCUUGGUCUCCAGCGCCGCCUCCCCGCCCAUUGGUGGCAAGGAGCAUUUGGUCAAGCUUCUAGACGCCACUUUGUAUGGCAAGGUCGAUCGUGAGCUAUCCUACAAGUGCUGGUCGACCUCGGAAGACAAGACACAAGUCCUCAAGACGGUCAUUGAAUGGGUAACUUCGUUUCACCGCCCAGGCCUGGAAAAGAUUUAUACCGCCACCAACCUGCUGCGGUCUUGGAGCGGCUUUCGCGUCAACACGACCGGUGCUAUCCUCGACACUCUAGACUCCAUAGAGCCCGGCGAUGUCGUACGAAAACAGUCAGUGUACCGCUUAGUCACCGAGCUGGCGCGGACCGGGCACUUUUCCGUAUCUCAGCUUCUGGUGGAGUUGCCCAUCUAUUGCAUACCUGAAGACCGCAAGACGGAUCGCGCCAACUUGCUGCGCCGCGCCGCCCACUACAACGUCGCCGAUGAAGCUCGUGAUAUUUCCAUGGCCAUUCAAUGUGUCAAUCAGACUGUCGGACUACGCGCAACAACCAACGAUGGCGGCACCUUACCAAUCAAACCUAUUCCACUUCGCAAACUUGUCCGUCGCAUCAACAUCAGCAGCUUUGCUCUCAAGAGCGCUGUUGGCACUCACCUUCGCAACGCCUUUCAAAGCCUGCUUCCUCCGCGCCUCGAUACUGACGUGUCCUUGCACGUGUUUACAUCCACCCGCGCCAUUCUCGAAGCUACCGGCGACUUUUCUAUGCUCGGUGAGGUUCUCCGGAGCUGCUCCAGAAUGUCCAACAUGGAGGUCCUCGCCGCGUGCGUCGACACGGUCAAUGUCAACCUCCAGGUCCUCCUCGCCGUCGGUGUCGCGGACGACCUGUUUGCGCUCUACGUCGAGCGGCUCAAAGCGGCAAGCUGCGAGCACGGGCUCGUCGCGCGGCCGCUGCUCGCGGCCCUGUCGUCGUUGGCACAGCGCAUGCCCAACCAGGGUGACGUGGCCAAGAACCUGCAGCAGGAGCUGACGCAGACGGACCGUAGUAAUCCCAUCGACGCCUGCUCCCCCGUCUCGGACAACAUGGUCAGCCAGGCCACGAACCCCGAGGGCGAGUUCUCGGAGCAGAUUGACAAGCUGCUCGCCACGGGCAACAGCAUCGACCACCCAACGAUGAACCGUCUCUUCCGCAACAUUGUGCCCCGGCUCGAAACCGGCUGGCACAAGUUGGACGCGAGCCGCCGCGUGUACGCCUCGCUCCUCGCUCGCCUGCGUAUCUUUGACGCGCAGCACUUUGAUAAGCUCAUAAGCGACUGGGUUAGCCACAUUCGCUCGCUCAAGGAGCGGCCCGCGCUGCGGGAACUGCUGCCGCUGCUCGUCAGCCUCGGCUGCCUGACCAUGGUCACCAUUCUCCACACCGCCAAUGCCGCGCCCGUCGCCGCGAGCGUCCACGCCGCGCUCGACGCGGGCCCGCCCCGCGGUGCGGCCAUUUACCUCGAGGAGCUCCUGCAGCUCAUCUUGCGCCCGCUGCCCAAGAACACCCCCCUCACGGCCGACGAGUCCUACCGCUUCGUCGUCUACCAGCAAUCAGCCCAGAUGGAGCAUGCCAAGGCGCUCCUGCUGCUGAUCCGCAACGCCGUGCAAGAGUACUCCAUCCUCCGCAGCCGCUCGACGACGACCACACUCCCGCUUGACGACCGCACCUGCCAGGACGACGUGCUCGAGGCGCUCCGUGUCCUCGUCGUAACCAACUCGACGGCCGCUGCCGACGCCCUCAGUAUGAAGGAUUUGGCGCCGGAAGCCGCCGCUCUGAUCCGGACUGUGGCCGCCAAGCUGCUCACGCCCGGCGACACGCACACGAGCUCCUCGUUUGACAAGAUUCUUGGCCUGGCCAAUGAGCUCACGAUGCCAUUUUGCCAGCUGAGUCUCAGCAUGGAGCUCUCGCUACCACAAGAUCCCCGCCAGCAUGAGCCGCCGGAAUCCCAAUUCGACUUGUUUGCCCGCGCUAUGGACAGCGCCAUUGAGGCACGCAACAUUAUGUGGACGAGUAUGUUGCCGUGCCUUAGCGACGACAUCACGCAGCACCUGCGCAGCCAGGCGCAUGGGCGCUUCCUCACGAUGAUGCCGUCGGCGAAAGCGCCGGACCUGGUCGCGCGCGCCACGAGCGAGGACCGCAUCCAGCUCGCGCAGAACCUGCUUGGCGUCAUCGAGGCCAUCAUCUCAGGCCAGCCGCCGUCCAAGUCGGCCCAGCUAACAUCGACGCUCGUUGACAAGCUCACCGACCUGUGGGACAUCAUCUCCGUCCCCGACGCCUCGUCGGCGGCGCAAGAUGCCGUCCGCAAGCACUGGCUGCCGUUUCUGCUACGCUUCAUUACGCUCCACAGCAUAUACGCGUCCUCGUCCUCGUCGUCUUCCUCAGACACGGCCGCUCCCAUCGCAGCCGGUUCGCCCGCUGUCGUCAACAAACCCGUCAGUAACGUCGCUCCACCUCCCAUCACCACCACCACGAGCAACAACCACGAAGCCCGCGCUCGCAUCGUGCUCGUCCUCUGCGGAAUCCUCUUCGCGCUCGAGGCGCAGCAGUCGCUCCCGCCCCGUGGCAAGCUCGCCCAGCAAGUCUUUGACAUUUCGCUGCUCCUCGUCGACGGCCUCCCCGACGACGUACGUCUGCACUGCGCCCGCAACGUGCUCGCCCAGCCCGGGUCCUCUGCCCGCGGCAUCGGCACCUCAGACCCGCGCAUCUACUACCUAUUUAGCGCGCCGCGCCCAACGGCCGCCGACAACCUCGUACUCGCUCACAGGGACCGCGGCGCCGUCCCGCUGAGCGCCGCGGCGCGCGGGCUCGCCGCCAUGUACGGCAUCGGACCGACGCUGCAGGAGCGCUACUCGCACUUUGCCCUCCGCCGGUGGGAGGCGCUCAGCGAGCCGACGCCCAAUGUCGGCGAUAAUGACACAAGCCUGUCCCUAGGCCUGUUCGAGGCCAUCAAGAUCCAGUAA